CACAAUGAGUAUAUAUGGCUACUGUGUAGCAUUCUUAACUCUAUUGUUACAUUGUAACAAACCGGGGCAGAGGAAAGGAAGAAGGACGUCAAUACGGCACACAAUUUGUAACAAUCUGGCACUACCAAUAAACAAGGACCUAACCGCAUUGCCAUAUCAUACUUGAAGACAGCAAGCUACAUCGAGCCCACUGAAACCGUCCUUGUAGAAAAAGGAUAAACGAACCCAGAUGUCAGCGGAUUGCUUCUCCAGUACAAACAUUUAAAGGCUUUUACCAGGAAGAUAAAGCAUUCGUCGAUUAAAUUGGGCAAUUUUUUUCAUUCUCAUUGAAAGCGAUUAUACCUACAAUAAAUUUCAACUAAACUGUAUGACGUCCUUCUUUCCCACCGUCUGCCCUGCUGUAAAAAUGGCUAUAGGUUUUCUACGUCAAAGUUAAAUGGAAUUUACACUCAUGGGAGCGACCUUCUAAGAUAUGUAGAACAACGAGAUUGGAGCUACUGUAACCUAAUGCAGAAAUAGCUUUAGCCUACAAACUGACAAUCAUUGCCUAUCUUAUUAAAAGCUAGGCCUUAAGCAGCUUCUUUUUGUGCAUUUGUUAAUUAUAAAGAAAUAUAGUUCCCUUUCAUUCGAUUAAACAUCAGAAAAAAGACCAAUCGGGCGUAAGAUUAAUGAGUUGUCGGUCCAGGGUAAAAAGAACGGUGAACGGGUUCAUCGGAAAGACUGUCCUUGUUUCUGCCUCAGACGCCAAGUUUCCAUGGAGGCCGUUUCAUCUCUCAGCCUCAAGCGAAGAUUUGAGGAGGUGGACAGUGGUUCUCCGUACUCCACGCCAAAGGACUCUGACGAUGACAUCUCCAGCAGCGACAGUGCUGACAGCUGUGACAGCCUCAACCCUCCUUCCAGCACCUCCCUCAAACCAACCUCCAUUCUCAGAAGACACAAGCCCUCCCCUGGGAGGAAGCGGGUUCGGUUUGAUGUGGUGACGGUGUAUUACUUCCCCCGGAGGCAGGGUUUCACCAGUGUGCCCAGCCAGGGAGGCAGCUCCCUGGGCAUGGCCCGCCACCACUGCUCCAUCCGCCGCUACACCUUGGGGGAGUUUGCCCGGGAGCAGGAGACCAGCCACCGUCACACCCUACGCCAGCACCUACGCCAGGAGAAGCUUAAUGCCCGCAAGAUGAAACUGACGAGAAAUGGUACUGUGGAGUGCGCCCAGGCAGAGCUGCUGACCCUGGACGAUGUUUCAGACGAUGACCUGGAUAUGGACGGUGUGGAGGUGGAUGACUGUUUCUUCUUGCAGCCACUGCCCACCAAGCGGCGACGGGCGCUGUUGCGGGCUUCUGGCAUCGCCCGUAUAGAUGCCAGGGAGAAGGCUGAGCUGCGGACCAUCCGACUGUCCCGGGAGGAGUGUGGCUGCGACUGCCGCUUCUACUGUGAUCCCCGCCACUGUGGCUGCAGCCAGGCGGGCAUCAAGUGUCAGGUGGAUAGGAUGUCCUUCCCAUGUGGCUGCUCUCGUGAUGGCUGUGGAAACUCAGUAGGCCGCAUUGAGUUCAAUCCGCUUCGCGUGCGAACGCACUAUCUGCACACCAUCAUGAAGCUUGACCUGGAGAAGAGGAAGCUGCUGGGCCAGAGGGCCGGGGAGCAGCAUGCUGAAUCUGACCGAGUGUCCUCCCUAUCCUCCACCAGUCCUCCAUCCCCAGACCUGUACUCGGGUGCUGGGCUGGACUCUGAGCUGGAGGAGAGGGAGGUCCAGGCGGUCCUGGAGAUGCAGGACCUGCUCACGGUGCAGGACAGUCUAGAGCGGGAGAACGAGACGGCUGUCCUCCACCUGCAGAGUGCCGAGGAGCAAGAGAGGAGGGAGAGAGAGGAGGCGGAGGAGGCUCAGAGAGGCCUGGGGGAGCAGGCUCUGUGCCUUAUGCCUGGAGGCCUGCAGGGGGAGCUGUCAGCAGAGGCUGGGGUAGAAGGGGUGGGGAGGAUGCUCCUACAGGGCCCGUUCCCAUCUGGGACUGCUGUGGUCUGCAUCAGUGACAACCAGGAGGAGAACCCUCCUGGCCUCCUGAAAGACCCAGCCUCUCUGCUCUACUACCAACUAAGCCCCAUUGAGGCAAGGGAAUUUAACUCUCUGCCCCGAGAGGAGGAGGAGGAGGAAGAAGAGGAGAAGGAGGAGAAGGAGGUGGGUAAGAUAGAGAGAGAACAAGGAGGAGGAGAGGAGCGAGGAGAGGUUGAGCAUAGAGGCAUUACCUGCAGGCAGGACGGUGACGAGAUUUUGCCAAAGGUGGCUCUGUGCUCAGAGAAGAGUGAGGUGGAGGAGGAGAGCCCUCCUAAUGGGCAAUGCCAGGGAGAAGCCUGCUUGGCCACAGAGGGAGAGAUCUAUACACUGCCUCCGGAGGUUUAGUACUAGCACCUCUGACGAUGUUUUGCACAAUAGCUUCACCCAAGCUAAAUAAAGCGUACUCUACAUGGUAUAGUUUUGUUGUUUUCCGUAAUGAUGUUACAAGUCAGAAUUCAUCGUAGCAACUGUCAUUGAACAUAAAUACAUGUAGAAAUGAGCAUGAGCAUUUGAUAAGUGAAGGAGGGGAAAUGCACACACAUCUUUCCCCAGCAGUGCAGUAAUGAGGAUCUUGGCCUUAAUGAAAGAACUUUUUGGUCUGUUUGUAAUUGAUAGCAAAGUAUAGAUUGUCUUGUUUAGUUCCAUACCACCUCAGAAUAAAACGUAGUGGUGUGAGCGUAAACAUUUGCUCCUGGAAGUUUGUGGGCCUGUUCAGGGAGCAGUUUCUUCCUCCAUUGGAUUCUAGUGAUCCAACCAGGGAUGAGGAUAAUGUUCCCUUAGAUUCUUGUGUGUUGUAUUGAGCUAUAUACACUGAACACAAAUUGUUAUGAAAAGUCCUCAAGCUAGCAUUGUAAACGUCAUGCUUGUACUCACAUCCUUACAGCUGGAUUGUGCUGUAAACAUUUAAGCCAAAUCUUGGCCACUAAUAGAAUUCCCCUGUGACAAUAGACCUAACAAUCCUGGAAAUACUUGUUUUUAUGUGUACUGUAUAAGUGUUUGCAACAGGCAAGGCACAGCUGAAGUAGCUGCUUCUCUAAUCUGUAUGCCCGUUGUGAACCAGAGGGCACAGGGUGUCGUGGCCCUGAUGCAUUGGGGCAUGAAGGUAAGCCUGCUAUGCAGGGGUUGGACACAGGCUUCUGUUACUACAUAGUUGUGCUCCUGGUCUACCUGGGACCUGUCAUGCAGACUCACUUUAUUUAUCAAAGGACAGUCUUACCUGUCUUAUUGACCAUUUCAAUGCUUAUGUUAUUAGACUUCUUUUAACUAUAUGUCUUUUUGUAAAUGAGACAUAUCUUGAUACUCAGCAACAGAGCACCUAGGGGUCUUGGUUUCAUGAAUGAAAGAAAAUGUGUGCGUCUUUUCACUGGUUUUGUUAGCAUGUGAGAUCAUAAUACACACAGGCACAGAACACAACUCCCCAUGUCUAUGUUUUCACUUUAUGUAUGUCUUAAUGAUGAAGUGUCAUCUGUUCAAAUCAGAGGUCAAUAUGCCCUUACUAUACAGACAAUAGCAUUUUAAGAGUCAUAAGAAAAUGACAUGCCUAUGUUGUUUGAAGUAGUUAAAACAUAUAUAAUAAAUUAUAGAAAGAGGAUAUGACAAAACAUGAAUUGUAUUUAUGUUUAGUGUGUAUGGGAUUGUUCAUGUGCUUAUUUGCAAAUUGCGUGUGCAUGUUGACUGUUUAGUUCAGUGUGUAUGGCUAUGUGUUUUCACGCGUGUUUGGGGUUAUGGGGUUGCAUAAGAUUAGCUAGUUGUGUUAUCCCCAGAAAGGUGCUGUCAUCAUAGGUUUACAAAUAAUUUUUUCUAUUGUCAAAAAACAGAUCUUUUUAAGAAAUAAUGUGUGUGGAUGUAUGGUGGAUCUUCAAAGUUUAACCAGAAUUCUUCAAUAAUAGAACUGUAACCAUUAAUUUCUGUGUUUAAGCACGUUGCUGAUGUAUGGGGGAGCCUAUUGCAGGAAAGCGAUGGCUAUUGCACUGCAAUUCAGUAAUUGUGAUAAUGAUAUAAAGAAUGACAUAUGUUAGGUAUAUACUGUGUAAAUGCAAUCCUAUAAUCCUUUUUUUGUCUUUUAAAUGUAUUUUUAUGUCUGUUUGUACUGACCAAUGUGAGUGUGCCGACUCUUCAUGUAUAAACUCUCUAUCCUCUCUGCUGCAGCCCACUAUGUGACAGUAGGUUCGAUAUGCCUCCGCCUGUCUCCAUCAUGCCUAGUGUAACAGGCUCACCACCGGAUGAGGCGGUGUGCAUGAGAUGUCUGAUAUGUUGCUCUGCCUUUUCAUUGUCUUAAUAUGAACACGCUUAUGAGUUGCACCAAAGCAGUGGUUCCAAACCUUAUUGGAAGAUCUCAUCUUACUGUGAAUUCUGCGCACUACAUUUACUGUUGCCAGGAGACACAGAUUCAGAAGAUGUUUAAAAGACCUUUGUACCUGUGAAGUAACUGGUCAUUGAAUAGUUGGCUGUUGUUUGCUUUGGCUUCCUCUGAGUUUAGGUUUGGGACCACUGUACUAAACGAAAUCCAACCCAUGUAAUUGUGUGUGUAGGAUUGUUUGUGUGUUUAUGUGUGUGUGUGUGUACGUGUGAAUGAGAAGACUGAUUUAUGCUUGGUUUGGACUUCAUCUCAAAGCUGUGAGAACUAAUAUGAUGAUAACUGUUGCCUAAAGAGGACAAAAGGUUUUAUACAAAAAUGUAUGAUAAAAUAAAAUAAAGUCAUU